CUGCCUUCCUCUCCAUCGCGAAUCAUCCCCUCUUACUGCUGCGCAGUUUAACACAGGGAAGCGCGUUAAGGCACAAGAUCUAUUCGGAUGAUCUGAGGCUACGGGGGGACUGUAUAUGGAAGUUGUGGGGUGCAAGGCAGAAGACAGCAGUUGCACAUUGCGUCCAGCAGCCAUGCUUUUUCACGGGAUCUCCGGGGAUCAUAUUCAAGGGAUCAUGGAGGAGAUGGAAAGGAGGUCUAAAACGGACUCUCGUCUGGCCAAAAGUGUUCAGAUGAACGGAAGGGACACGUGUAUGCCGUCAAUGAGCCCGGAGAAGCCAGCCCUGUGUGCUGGCUGUGGCGGUAAAAUCUCCGACAGAUACUACUUGCUGGCCGUGGAUAAGCAGUGGCACCUGAGGUGUCUGAAAUGCUGCGAGUGUAAACUGGCCCUGGAGUCUGAGCUCACGUGUUUCGCGAAGGAUGGCAGCAUUUACUGCAAAGAGGACUAUUACAGAAGGUUCUCCGUGCAGAGAUGUGCCCGCUGCCACCUUGGGAUAUCGGCCUCGGAAAUGGUCAUGCGCGCCAGGGACUCGGUGUACCACUUGAGCUGCUUUACGUGUACCACUUGUAACAAGACCUUGACCACUGGUGACCACUUCGGCAUGAAAGAUAACCUGGUGUACUGCAGGGUCCACUUCGAAACCCUCAUCCAGGGAGAAUACCACCCCCAAUUAAACUACACCGAAUUAGCUGCCAAAGGCGGGGGGCUGGCAUUGCCUUACUUUAACGGCACUGGCACGGUCCAGAAAGGAAGACCACGGAAGCGGAAGAGCCCAGCCAUUGGGGUAGACAUUGCGAGUUACAACUCAGGUUGUAAUGAAAAUGAGGCUGAUCACCUGGACCGAGACCAACAGCCUUACCCGCCUUCCCAAAAGACCAAGCGCAUGCGCACGUCCUUCAAGCACCAUCAGCUCCGCACCAUGAAGUCCUACUUCGCCAUCAACCACAACCCCGACGCCAAGGACUUAAAGCAACUGGCCCAGAAAACUGGGCUGACUAAAAGAGUUCUUCAGGUUUGGUUCCAAAACGCAAGAGCCAAAUUCAGAAGGAACGUUUUGCGACAGGAGAAUGGGGGUGUUGAUAAGGCAGACGGCACAUCACUUCCUCCGCCCUCGUCCGACAGCGGAGCACUCUCCCCACCCAGCACCGCGACCACACUAACAGACCUGACCAAUCCCUCUAUCACUGUAGUGACUUCUGUCACCUCUAGUCUGGACAGCCAUGAAUCCGGGAGCCCCUCACAAACUACAUUGACAAACCUUUUCUAA